AUGAGUCAUAGUAAAUUAAUUCCCAAGCUAUCUGUUCAAUCUCCUGUCUAUCAUGCCAACUUAAAAGUUCAGUCCACAAAGUUACCUUUUAAGAAAGAAGACGAACAUCUGAUUUCAAAAGACUCCCUGGAAGCUGAUUCAGAAAGCCUCACUCAAGAGGUUAAUUCCCCAUCUGAACUUGAAGACAGAAUCCAGGACCACAAUGUGGAGACCGACAGCUUGGAGGAGGAAAGCCGUCCACAGGAUAGCCUUAGUGAGACAGAAGAGGAAGCAAGCAGAAAAGCAGCUCAGGUGGCCAGCAAGGACAACCUCCGUUCUUGGGAUAGUGGCAUGAAAAACAGCCAACACCCAGAAGAAGACAAAUACUCAGAUCUCCGCUAUGACCCAAACUGGAAGAGUAAGAGAGGAGAAGGGCAGUCAUUGAGUGUGGAAACAUCGCCAGAGUCUCCAGACAGCUCCACAGAAAAUCUGACUUUGGGUCCACUCUACCCUUCCAGGGAGACUUCACUGGAACUCCCAGGGGGGAAGGGUGAACAGAAAAAGAGCCCACAGAGCGAAGCCUCCUUACUUGGUAGUGAAUUUUUAAGCCCAAACUAUGAGCAUGGUGCCCAUCGCAGCAAGCUGUUUUCAGAGUUGAGCGACAAUGACCUGGCAGAGAAAUCCAGCAGCCACUCUCUGUACUCGAAGAGUUCCAAGUCAUGUAAAGAGGUUUUCUCGUCAGGACCACGUGGCCCUCACCGAAGGAAGUCCAAACAAUAUUUUGUGGAAAAAAAUAAGCUGACUUUGGGAUUACCUACCCCUAAAAUGGACUCUUACCUUCAACUUCACAAUAGAAAAAGGGAGGAAACUCUCACAGAACAGAUGUCCUCCCCAACCAGAGGAAUGGGCCAGAUGUCCACCCAGCACUCCCACGAGAGGGGAAGAGUUGCCUUUGAUCCUGAAAACAACUGGCACCAAAGAGCCCAGCAGCUAAAGAACUAUUUAGAGCACUGGUCUCAAUAUGAAAGUGCAAGUCCAAGUACCGCACCAACAGGUCAGUCUCCCGAAACAACCGGCGGGCAGCAACCUCCCAGAAGACCAGCCACACACCACAGCCGCAAACAGCGGAAACGCAACCGUGGCCUGAAGUCUCUGGUAACUGAAGAGCUGGUCGUCAGUCAGGGACACCAGAAAAACACCCCCGGACAGCAACAAAGUCAAAAUAAGCUUGUCGAUGCUUCAGCAGAGCAUGAAACAAUUGUGAUCAUGAAUGCCCCUAACUAUGACUUACACCACUCAAGUGCACUUGGAAGCCAGGAGCCCAAAGUGGCCUCCAAUAAAUCUGCUCCAGCACAGCAGACUUCUGACAAGAUAUCAUAUAAACACUCUAUUGGAUAUCACUCAGUGACGAAUUUUGGGAAAGAAAGAAGACGCAAAAACCAAGAAGAGAAAAGAGUUUCAUACCAGCGGCUACACACCAACACUCUUUCCCACGUGGACUUGAACUACCUUCAUGGCCUUCCCGAGAGACAAGUGCCCCUGAGUCACACAGGCUCUCAGUCUCUUUCUAACGUGAAUGUUGACCGAGCAGCUGGAAGUAAGAAGCAACGCAGACAGACUUAUACAGAGACAAAAUAUAAGAACUUGGAAAUAUUAUGGAAGUUCCAUUCUUCCUCAAACAGCCGACCUGCGAGCGUGUCUCCAGACUCGCGGCUUGCCCAGGUCAUGGAGCAGCAUGAGCACGCCUUGCUGCAGCUGACUGAGGUGCAGCCGCACGAAGUGACCUUGGCCAGUGUCACCUUCCCACCUAUAUUGUCAAGAAUAGAAAGUGAAUCCCAACUCAACUCAGAGAAAAGCCAAAGACACCAAAUGAAAAUUAGUCGUAGCAAUUCUGAAGGCUAUCUGUUUCAACUGGAAAAAGGGAAAAAGCAUAGAAAAAGGAGCCAUUCCAGAAAUUCCAAGCUGAAAGGUUACCAGAAAAGAGACGUGAAGCUGGGAGGCCUUGGACCUGACCUUGAGUCCAUCAGAGACAAAAUGCAGAAAUUAAUACACCAAAAGGAAUAUGCAAAACAGGUUAAGGAGUACAACAUGAAGGCACUAUCCAUUCUGUCAAAACCACACACAACAAAAACAGAAAAUAAAUCGGUCCUCUCUCGGCAGAAGGCUUUGGAAUAUGCUAAGACCAUCCCAAAACCCAAACCUUCAAAUCUGACUGACCACAUGUCAAAGGAUAAGAAAGAUGUAGCCUAUGCAGGAAAAGAAGACACUUUGCCUGAAAUUUCCCUGCUGGAAAUACUGCAGAGCAGACACGAAAGGGAGAAAAAAGCUGUGGCUGCUUUCAAAGUCCUUCAAAUUGUCUAG